AUGGUCACGUCCACACCGGGGUUCCUUCUGCUGCCGAUGCUAAUAUGUCUCCAGCACUGCGUUGACGUCCACGGAACUAAGACAGAAUGUGAGGCCAGCCAGUUUCAGUGUGGGAACGGUCGCUGCAUCCCGUCCGUCUGGCAGUGCGACGGAGACGAGGACUGCACAGAUGGCAGCGACGAGAACUCCUGUGUUAAAAAGACUUGUGCCGAGGUGGACUUUGUGUGUCGUAACGGCCAGUGUGUCCCCAAGCGGUGGCACUGCGACGGGGAGCCGGACUGUGAGGACGGGUCGGACGAGAGCGUAGAAAUCUGCCACAUGAGGACGUGUCGUGUGAACGAGUUCAGCUGCGGCUCCGGCUCCACCCAGUGCAUCCCCGUCUUCUGGAAGUGUGACGGAGAGAAGGACUGCGACAACGGAGAGGACGAGGUCAACUGUGGUAACAUCACCUGCGCCCCCAACGAGUUCACAUGCGCCAGCGGCCGCUGCGUCUCCCGCAACUUUGUGUGCAACGGCGAGGACGACUGCGGCGACGGCUCUGAUGAAGUGGAGUGCAGCCCGUCCUCUUGCGGCCCCAGCGAGUUCCAGUGCGGCAACUCGUCGUGCAUCCCGGCCAGCUGGGUGUGUGAUGAUGACGUCGACUGCCAGGACCAGUCCGAUGAGUCUCCGUCUCAAUGCGGACGUCACCCGACGCCACCGGCCAAGUGUUUAUCCAGCGAGAUGCAGUGCCGCUCAGGAGAGUGUAUUCACAAGAAGUGGAGAUGUGACGGAGACCCCGACUGCAAGGACGGCAGCGACGAAGCAAACUGUCCUGUGCGCACAUGUGGACCAGAUCAGUUCAAAUGUGAUGAUGGGAACUGCAUCCUGGGCAGCAGACAGUGUAACAGCGUCAGAGACUGCACCGACGGCUCAGAUGAACUCAACUGCAAAAACAUGACUCAGUGCAACGGGCCGGAGAAGUUCAAGUGUCGCAGCGGGGAGUGUAUCGAGAUGAGCAAAGUGUGCAACAAGGCCCGAGACUGUCCCGACUGGAGCGACGAGCCCAUCAAGGAAUGCAAUAUAAACGAGUGUCUCCUGAACAACGGCGGCUGCUCCCACAUCUGCAAAGACAUGGCCAUCGGCUUUGAGUGUGACUGCACACCUGGACUGCAGCUCAUAGACCACAAGACCUGCGGAGACAUCAAUGAGUGUUUGAACCCCGGCAUCUGCAGUCAGAUCUGUAUCAACCUGAAGGGAGGAUACAAGUGCGAAUGCCACAACGGCUACCAGAUGGAUCCGACCAGCGGAGUCUGCAAAGCUGUCGGUAAGGAGCCCAGUCUGAUCUUCACUAACCGGCGUGACAUCCGUCGUCUGGGCCUGGAGAGGAAGGAGUACACUCAGAUAGUGGAGCAGCAGAGGAACACGGUGGCUCUGGAUGCAGACUUUGACCAGCAGAUGAUUUUUUGGGCUGACCUGGGCCAGAAGGCCAUAUACAGCACUGUACUGGACAAACGAGGGGACAUCAGCACCCACAACAAAGUGAUAGACAACGUCCAGACUCCCGUGGGGAUCGCCGUGGACUGGAUCUACAAGAACCUGUACUGGUCCGAUCUCAACACCAAAACCAUCUCGGUGGCCAACUUCAACGGGACCAAGCAGAGAGUUCUGUUCAACAGAGGCCUCAAAGAACCGGCCGCCAUCGCUGUGGAUCCACUGUCUGGGUUUCUGUACUGGUCUGACUGGGGCGAGCCAGCCAAGAUUGAGAAGUCCGGUAUGAAUGGAGUGGACAGACAAGUUCUGGUGGCGACGGACAUCCAGUGGCCUAAUGGAAUAACCCUCGAUCUGAUCAAAGGCAGGCUGUACUGGGUGGACUCUAAGCUGCACAUGCUCUGCAGCGUCGACCUGAACGGAGACAACAGGAAAAAAGUCCUGCAGUCUUCCGAAUACCUGGCUCACCCCUUCGCUCUCACCGUUUUUGAGGAUCGCGUCUUUUGGACAGACGGGGAAAACAAAGCCAUCUACGGCGCAAACAAGUUCACCGGCUCCGACGUCACGACGCUGGCCAGCAACCUGAACGACCCGCAGGACAUCAUAGUUUAUCACGAGCUCAUCCAGCUAUCAGGUACUAACUGGUGCACAGAGAAAGGUGCAAACGGAGGCUGCAGCUACAUGUGUCUGCCUGCUCCACAAAUCAACAAACACUCCCCCAAAUUCACCUGUGUGUGUCCAGAGGGACAGGAGCUGGCUGCUGACGGCUUCCGCUGCAGGCCCGACCCUUCCACCAAAGGUGCCUCAAAGGAUGAUGGGAAAGCUCUUACGCAGCCGCCCCCAGAAGCGAAUGUGAGCACAUCGAUUCAGGUGAACUCCACAGCCAGAGGGUCUGCUGCUGCCUGGGCCAUACUGCCAGUCUUGCUGCUGGCGAUGGCGGCGGCCGGCGGAUACUUGAUGUGGAGGAACUGGCAGCUGAAGAACCAGAAGAGCAUGAACUUCGACAACCCCGUCUACCUGAAGACCACAGAAGAGGACCUCAACAUCGACAUCACACGACACAGCGCCAGCGUGGGACACACCUACCCCGCGAUUUCGAUAGUGAGCACAGACGACGAUUUAUCGUGAUCGCCUCGGUCUUUCUUUACGGCAGCCCGCAACGUCGCAUGGCGCCUCCUUGUUCCCAUGCCGGCGGUUGUCCAUAGCAACAGCAGCAGCAGCCCUUACAGUUCGACCACAUGCCUUCUGAAGUGCAUUAUGUCAUUGUCUGUGGUGAGGAUGACCGGAGGAAAUGUUAUUUAUUAUGUGAAUAUCACUAUGAAUUAUGUGUCAUAACUGUUUUUCCACACAGUACGUCUAAAAGUGUUAAGGAUUUAUUUUUUCUUUUCUUUCGGUCUUUAUUCAUUUCGAGCCUCAGACAGCUUUCCACAUGUUCGUCCCAGUCCUCUUAAAGGAGUCCGACGCCACC